GAUUUUAAGGCGUAAAAUAAUAUAACAUAAUGUCUAAAGCGUUAUUUUGAAUAACAUUAUUUUGAAAGCGCAUAGGUAACGCAAUACGUGAAUAUGUAUACAAAAGUAAUCUGAUACACGAAACGGUUGCUUAGGAAAUUUAGAAAAGGCAUCCAUUGAUUGGCUGUGCAUUUUCAUGUAAGCAAUCGUGAUAUAAUAUCCUGUACCCUUCUGUAAGCUUCAUUUCAACGUUCAUGUUUUAAGCUUCGGGCGUAGACGGGUUUUGUUCGGUAUAGUUAACUUUUUGACUCUGGCGGAAAUAAUGACGUCAUGAACCAAGUGUCGGUGACAAAUGGAUGAUACAUCGAAAUGAUAUGGAAUUGUGUGUAUUUUAGAGUGUGGUUUUCAAUGUGAUUUAUUGUAGAACAAAAAGGAAACUCUAUAAAGUUAGUCGUGAGUGGAAUUCAUUAAAGAUUUCGUAGGUUUCAAGCCAUACUUUUUUCAUGAAGAAUUGAUUUACUUGAAGUGAUAAAGAUGUCAGAUCACUUUGGACCGAUAACCCUGAAAUGGGAUCCUAAGAAUUUGGAGAUUCGUACCAUGUCUGUGGAAAAAACAUUGGAACCCUUGGUUUUACAAGUAACUACUCUUGUAAAUACAAAGGGUCCUAGCAAGAAAAAGAAAGGAAAAUCGAAAAGAGCUAGUGCUCUAGUUGGAACAGUAGAUAAAGCAUCUAGUAAUUUUAUUGAAAAAGGUGAACAAAUUGCUUAUGAAAAUCCCGACAUUACUGCUGAAAUGUUAAGCGCUGUCGAAGAAGUAAGGAAAACAGGUGCUGCAAUGAGUAUUGCUGCCAGGGAGUUUUCAGAAGAUCCAUGUUCUUCUUUAAAGAGAGGCAAUAUGGUUCGUGCUGCAAGGAAUUUGCUGUCAGCUGUAACACGUUUACUUAUUUUGGCUGAUAUGGUCGAUGUACAUUUGUUAUUGAAAUCCUUGCAUGUAGUGGAAGGUGAUCUACAGAAGUUAAAAAAUGCAUCCUCGCAAGGGGAAUUAUUGGAAAAUAUCAAGCAAUUUGGAAGAAAUGCAUCGGAGCUUAUGAAUCAAGCUGCAAAACGUCAGCAAGAACUCAAAGAUCCUCAGUUACGAGAUGACUUGGCAGCAGCAAGAGCUGUUCUCAAGAAGCAUUCUACUAUGCUUCUUACAGCUUCUAAAGUUUAUGUUCGGCAUCCUGAACUAGCUGCUGCAAAAGCAAAUCGUGAUUAUGUUUUGAAGCAAGUUUGCGAAGCUGUGAAUACUAUCAAUGAUGUGGCACAAGGAAAAACACCAGUCGAUAGUCAGCAUCCUUACGAAGGACCUGGCGAACUAGCUGCUGCUCUAGAUGAUUUUGAUGAAAGAAUGGUGAUGUCUCCGCUUGCAUACAAUGAAGUACGUACAAGACCCAGUCUAGAGGAAAGAUUGGAAAGCAUUAUCAGUGGUGCUGCAUUAAUGGCAGAUUCUUCUUGUACUCGAGAUGAACGUAGAGAACGUAUUGUCGCUGAAUGUAAUGCGGUCAGACAAGCACUUCAAGAUUUGCUUAGUGAAUACAUGAAUAAUUUACAGCUUGCUCGGGGUGGGAAAAGGAUAGGAGUCAAGGAACAAUCGGAAGGGUUGGAAAGAGCAAUCGAUCAUAUGUGCAGAAAAACACGCGAUCUUCGUAGACAAUUACGAAAGGCUGUAGUAGAUCACGUGUCUGACAGUUUUUUGGAAACAAGUGUACCUUUAUUGGUUCUUAUCGAGGCUGCGAGAAACGGUCGUGACAAAGAAGUGGAAGAAUAUGCACUUGUUUUUACAGAGCAUGCAAACAAACUAGUUGAGGUUGCUAAUCUAGUAUGCAGUAUGUCAGGAAAUGAAGAUGGCGUGAAAAUGGUUCGUUACGCAGCAGCACAAAUUGGGAACUUAUGUCCGCAAGUAAUUAAUGCGGCACGUGUGCUGGCAGCUCGUAAUCGAUCUAAAGUAGCCUUAGAUAACAUGGAAGUAUUCCGACAAGCAUGGGAGAAUCAAGUCAGAGUAUUGACAGAAGCUGUUGACGAUAUUACUACUAUCGAUGACUUUUUAGCUGUAUCCGAGAAUCAUAUCUUGGAAGACGUAAAUAAAUGUGUACUGGCAUUGCAAGAAGGUGAUGCCGAUACUUUAGACAGAACUGCGGGUGCAAUUCGUGGACGAUCUGCCAGAGUUUGUAACGUUGUUCAAGCUGAAAUGGAUAACUAUGAGCCUUGUAUCUAUACGAAGCGGGUUUUAGAAGCCGUGAAAGUUUUAAGGGAACAAGUAAUGCCAAAGUUUGCACAGAGAGUAGAAGUUGCAGUAGAUGCUUUGGGUAGUAACCCCGCUAAAGAUGUGGAUGAAAAUGAUUUUAUAGAUGCUUCGAGAUUAGUAUACGACGGAGUCCGUGAAAUUAGACGCGCUGUACUGAUGAAUAGAGCGGACGAAGAUUUAGAUCCCGAAGACGUUGAGCUCGAUGAGCAUUAUACAUUGGAAACUCGUAGCAAAUCGAGUGCUCAGACAGGCGAGCAUGGUGUUGAUGAAUAUCCAGAAAUUAGUGGAAUUACGACAGCUCGCGAAGCCAUGCGUAAGAUGCCAGAGGAAGAUAAACAAAAGAUCUUACAACAAGUGGAGUACUUUAAGAGUGAGAAAUUGAAAUUCGAUAAAGAAGUUGCCAAAUGGGAUGACGCGGGAAACGACAUUAUUGUUCUUGCGAAGCAUAUGUGUAUGAUUAUGAUGGAAAUGACAGAUUUCACUAGAGGUCGCGGACCUUUAAAGACAACUAUGGAUGUCAUUAAUGCGGCAAAGAAAAUUUCUGAAGCUGGAACCAAGUUAGAUAAAUUAACUAGGCAAAUUGCAGAUCAGUGCCCAGAAAGUUCCACCAAGAAAGAUCUGCUGGCAUAUUUACAACGCAUAGCAUUGUAUUGUCAUCAAAUGAAUAUUACUAGUAAAGUUAAAGCAGAUGUACAAAAUAUUAGUGGAGAGUUGAUUGUAUCUGGACUUGACAGUGCAACUUCUCUUAUUCAGGCAGCUAAGAACUUAAUGAAUGCUGUUGUUCUUACCGUUAAAGCUUCAUAUGUUGCAUCAACAAAAUAUCCUCGACAAUCUACGGUAACUUCUCCAAUCGUUGUGUGGAAAAUGAAAGCACCUGAGAAGAAACCAUUGGUACGACCUGAGAGACCAGAAGAGGUUAGGGCAAAAGUACGUAAGGGUUCACAGAAAAAAGUGCAGAAUCCAAUACACGCACUUUCAGAAUUUCAAAGUCCUACAGAAAGUGUUUAAACUUGUAUGUGUAAGUAAUUUAAUGAAAAUGAAAUCUAGUAUACAGCAUCACCUUUGGAGAGUCAUAAGAGCGAGAUGUUUUAUUUUCUGUUCAAUAUAACAUUUAAAUGUUGUGUGUAGUUAUUACUAAUUCAUUGUGUAUUCAUUAAAAAAAAUAUAAUGAAGUUUUAAAAAUUAAGUUACUCAAAGAUUAAUUUUGCGUUUAUAAUUGUGAUAAAAAAGGAUAAUGUUCGUAACAAAAUUAUAAUAAAAGUAUUUGAAAAUAAAAUAUCUUGCAUAAAAGAAAUGUUCAUAUUCUUUAUAAAUAUUGAUUCAUAAAUGUUUGAAAAGCAAAAGAGACAGUGUAUGAUCGUGUCAGUUUUCAGAUGACAUUUAAUUAGAUCUCAAAGAUUAACUUCUUUUUCUAGAAUAUAUGUGAAAUUUAGAUUUCAAUUAUAUGCAAACAAGUGACUAAAUGUCAACUAUAUUUCAUAGAAUAUAAGAAUGACAUACAGUUUAAAGAUGUAUAAUUUGAUAACUCAGUUGAUUAUAACAUUUUAAUCGCUAUGAAGUACUUGAACAUUAUUUAAGUAAAUUACAUUUUACUCCAACAAAGUUUACAAUUUUUUAUUACUCGUAGAUAUUAACAACUGAAUAAGUCUAUUUUUUUGCAAGCAAUAUCUACAGGAAAAAUGUGUGACCACAAUACUUAAUUAUAUAACAAAAUCUACAGUAACAAUUAAGUAUUUAAGGAAUACCAAUGUUUUUUUUAAUUAUUUUCUGUAUCAUUAAUAUGCAGAUAUUAGUUUUCAAUUCUGUAUUGAAUUUUAAUGAAAGAAUAUUGAAUGAUAAAUGGUGUAUGUAUAUGUACGUAUAUAUGCACGACAGUUAUCAAAGGCCUUACACUUUUUGUGUUGCAUUAUGAUAUAAGAUUAAUAGAUCAUUACUCGUAUAAUUGAAAUGGCAUUAAGAAUGGUAUGGGUGAUUUAGUUUUAGUUACAAGGCUAAAAUCAUUUCAGUUAUACGAGUAUUACUGCUCUACGACUAAAAUUGCUGGAAAUGUAUUUUUGAUUAUUUUGAUUUUUUUGUUGUCUUCAAUAAUUAGAUAAUUAUAUUCGAUGAUUUUACUAUCAACACACUUUCUUAUACAUAUCCAGAAAAGAAUGUCUCUGAUUAGUAAUACACAUAAAAACACGUACUUUUAGUAUGUUUAAAUAUUUGAUGACCUUUGUACACAAAGGUUGUUGCUUCAAGUAAUUUUAACAAUAAUCUUAGGCCUUGCAUUUUUUCUAAUAUGUUACAUCAAUGUUAGUUUCUUAUUAUUAUAAUGUAUUGUUUGACAAUAAUAUUGUUGCAUACUUUGUUAUGUUUUUACAUAAAGAUUGCAACGAUACACGUAAGAAUGUCAACAUUCAUCCAAGCUAAUAAUUAUAUCGAUGAUUCCAAUUGAAGUAUAUAGAAGUCGAUUUAAAUUUGUCUAUAAUAUAUAAUAUAUUAUUUCUUUACACACCCUAUCCACUUUAAUUUUAAAUAUACAUUCAUUUCGCAUACAUGUUUUUCUUACAUUUUAUAUUAAAUUUUAAUGUUCUCUAUUGGUUUUAUGAUUUGGCAAAGUAAACAAAUUUUGCAAUUAAACAAAAUAUAUUAAUUUUCAUCGACAAGACUUACAGGAAAGCAAUAAAAAAUAAUACAGUAUUGCAUUGGAAUAAAGAGACUGCCGAUCGAAGUAUUUAACAAUUGUAUAUAAGUAAAUAUGAUUACACAUUUUCGAAGAAAUCUUGUUUACAAUGGUUUUGUAAUACGUAUAGCCGAUAAGAAGUAAUUUUAAAGAAACUGAUACCAAUUUCAUAUUUAUAUGAUGAAUAAAAUACUAUGUUACUUAUAGUAGUUUGCUUUCAAUGAAUAUUAUAAGUUGGAUGCAUUGCCAUUAUCCUUAUGAAACAAAUUUCUGUAAUACCAUAA